AUGGGAGCAAGUAUCUUCAACGUCAUCAGUGUCUUCUCUGCGGUUAUCGGGUUCGUCGGCUUUAUGCAGAACAACCUACCGCACGAUCCCGGCCCAAUGGAUUCGGCGGUGCGCGUCGCAGUCGCCCUCAAUGGCGACAAAGGGGAACCAGGAGCACUACGACACGCGGCGGGCGAAGCCCCUCUGAUCAACGCUUUCAACGAGAACCAGAACUGGUGUGGCAGCUCGAGUGAUGACGAUCACCAAUACAUCACUUCGGGUUCUUUCAAGGAUAUGACCAUCUGGCAAUCCAGGCAUGGAGGGGGACCGGGGGAGCAGGCUACCGCUUUGCAGAUCAUUCCGACAACCAAUGAGCUCUGCAUUGCUUACAUAGCCCAGACGUGGGCGGACGGUACGCACCGUGGGUGGACUGGGGACAUGGGAAGGGGUUGCGACAGAGACUGGUACUACUCCAACAUCAUCGUUGGGGACGAUCAUAAACCAACAUGCACCUGGAUCGACCACGACCACAGCCACGGCAUCACCACCGCCGCCCUGCAGAUCCACAUGCAGGACUUCACCAACCUCACCUCCGACUACAACCACGACCCCCGCUCCUACUGCACCUGGCCCACCAUGCUCUUCCGCGCCGACGCCCCCGGGUACAAAUGGACGACGACCGGCCAGCGCACCCGCGUGCAGAAGCCCAAGUCGAUCGAAUUCUGGGACGACGCCGACGCGUCCCGGAGCGCCGAGCGCCCCGAGAACGACGGCGUGGGCAGGAACGGCCGGCGGCGCAACGGCCGCCUCGCGAGGCGCUCCGGCUCGGCCGCCUUUUCCCACCUGAUCGCGAGCCCGCACGGCGGGCACAGCGCGCGGGAGCUGUGCGCGAGCGCGCGGUCGCACGGGCCGGACUUUCUGUCCUUUUCCGAGGGCAUCUUUUGCGACAUGGACGCGAAGGUGCACUGGCCGCUGUGCGACGGGGCCACGAGGGACGGGUGCUACCAUUGGGAUACGCACAGUUUGGUGCUGGGGGACGAACGUCUGGCGAGGAAUUACAGUCGGGUUGAGGAGUGGGAGUGA